AUGGCCACCGCAGAAACCGCCCAGCUCGGCGAUGCUCACGCCCCCAAGGAGGCCUCGCUGCAGCUCUACGACGAGCUCGAGCACGAGCUCAAGCGCGUCCUGAUCCACGAGCGCCACGACAAGGCCAAGCACGACCUGCCCUACUUUGCCGCGGCCGCGCACCUGUCGGACGCCGACUUUGUGUCGUUCCAAAAGUCCGACUUUGAGCUGGUGCGCCACGCCCAGGUCGCCUACGGCCACAUUCUCUUUGGCAAGCUCAAGAUCCCCGCCCUCGCCGCCGACUCGCAAAACUGCUACAUUCACUUCCGCGCCUACGAGCCCGAGCCCGGCACCGAGGCAAAGGCCGAGGUGCACUCUAUACACACGGAGAGGAUCGAGGAGCCCGAUGGUGGUUUCCGCUACCGCGCUCUGUUUACCAAGGAGGACCCCCUCGAGUGGUUCGAUACAUAG